CCCGCACUGGUGUUACCGUGAAAACCGUCCGUCCCGUCCUCCUUGAGUGAAGGUUCAUUGCGGUGACUGUAAAGUUGGCUGCUGCAAUACUUGCAGGAUGUCUGGCCGUGUUCUUGUCGGGGUCAAGCGUGUGAUUGAUUAUGCAGUUAAGAUCCGAGUGAAGCCAGACAAAAGUGGAGUAGUCACGGAUGGCGUUAAGCACUCUAUGAACCCCUUUUGUGAGAUCGCUGUGGAGGAGGCGGUCAAACUGAAGGAGAAGAAGCUCAUUAAAGAAGUGGUAGCUGUCAGCUGUGGGCCCCAGCAGGCACAGGAGACCAUCCGCACGGCUCUGGCCAUGGGCGCAGACAGAGGGAUCCAUGUAGAAGUCACUGGCAAAGACUAUGAACACCUUGGACCUCUGCAGGUGUCAAAGAUCUUUGCUGCUCUCGCCAAGAAGGAGGAGGCUCAGCUCGUUAUCCUCGGAAAACAGGCAAUUGACGAUGACUGUAACCAGACGGGUCAGAUGACGGCAGCUCUUUUGGACUGGCCUCAGGGAACAUUUGCAUCAGAGGUGACACUGGAGGGAGACAAAAUUAAGGUUGUGAGAGAAAUUGAUGGUGGCCUGGAAACUAUUAAGAUCAACACACCUGCAGUGGUGACAGCAGACCUGCGACUUAACACGCCCAGAUAUGCAACCCUGCCUAACAUCAUGAAAGCAAAGAAAAAGAAGAUUGCCAACAUGAAGCCAGCAGACCUCGGGGUGGACGUGGCUCCGCGGUUGGAGGUGCUCAAAGUGGAAGAGCCUCCACAGAGAGAGGCCGGAGUGAAGGUGGAGACUGUGGAGGACCUGGUGGCCAGACUCAAGGAUACAGGGAGGAUAUAGACUGCACAAGAACAGGCAGCAGAGCCAUGAAACUCAAUGAGCCUGAUUCCUGAGGUGAUGAAGAGGAGUACUGAGAAACACUGUCCAGCAGCAUAUCCAGUCGCAAGAGGGCCACCGUGCUGUUGUACUUUUCAAUUACAUCUGUAAGACUGACUGUCCAUAGAUGGAUUAACUGGAUUCCAACAUGCUGUCUUUAGGCAAUAACUCUAACCAGAAAUGUCUUUAAACUGUAUAUCUGUAGUCAUAGAAAGACUCAGAAGACUACAAGGAGGUACUUUCUAUGUGCAUCCCUUUUUGUAAAUAUAAACUGGAAUAUAAAAGAAAUGGGUGAUGUGUCUCAGUACAGAAAAGAGGAAAGGAUUUACCAUAAGCGCCUCAAACCUCCAUUGAUUGUACAGUAUAUUACCAUAGUAAAUAAAUCAUUUUUCUUAUCCA